AGAACCCCGUGCAACGUUGGGACUUGGCAGCCCGCCUCCCCCUGCCCAAGGAUAUUUAAUUUGCCUCGGGAAUUGCUACUUGCAGAGGGGAACUCAGGAGGGAAGGCGCGCGCGCCUGGAGGGCCAUCGCGGGGACCCCCUCAACCGCUUCGCCUCCCUGCUCGGCACUCUGUCGGGGCGACGAGGGAUGCAUCUUUGCUUCUGCCCGGCUGCGGCGGCUCCGAGGACACCGUGCUCUCUCGGAGGAUCGCGGCGGCUCUCAGCCUAGACCUCCUGCCUCCCCCCACACCCACCCCGGGGCAUGAAACGCCCUUAAACUCCGGUCGGGCUGUCUUCCUUGGCGCAGCCACUGCGUCCUCCUUCGGCUGCCCCUCCCCAGCUUUGAGAGGCGGCGUGUGGAUUGCGGAUUCGGGGUUCCUGCAGCCUCCAGCCCGGGGUGCAUGUGUGGGGCCGCGGCGAAGAGCCUCCGCCCCCCCACCCAGUUGUUUUUCGGCGCCUCUCUCGGCUCCACGGAGGUGGCGGCGGCGGCAUGGCGAGCCCUCCGGAUGCCGACGGCUUCUCGGACGUGCGCAAGGUGGGCUACCUGCGCAAACCCAAGAGUAUGCACAAGCGCUUCUUCGUGCUGCGGGCGGCCAGCGAGGCCGGGGGCCCCGCGCGCCUGGAGUACUACGAGAACGAGAAGAAGUGGCGGCACAAGUCGAGCGCCCCCAAACGCUCGAUCCCCCUCGAGAGCUGCUUCAACAUCAACAAGCGGGCCGACUCCAAGAACAAGCACCUGGUGGCCCUCUACACCCGGGACGAGCACUUUGCCAUCGCGGCCGACAGCGAGGCCGAGCAAGACAGCUGGUACCAGGCUCUCCUGCAGCUGCACAACCGCGCCAAGAGCCACCACCACGAUGGGGCCGCGGGCCCCGGGGGCGGAGGCGGCGGCAGCUGCAGCGGCAGCUCUGGCGUAGGUGAGGCCGGGGAGGACUUGAGCUUCGGAGACAUGGCCCCGGGGCCUGCGUUCAAAGAGGUCUGGCAGGUGAUCCUGAAACCCAAAGGCCUGGGUCAAACAAAGAACCUGAUCGGCAUCUACCGGCUCUGCCUGACCAGCAAGACCAUCAGCUUCGUGAAGUUGAACUCGGAGGCGGCCGCGGUGGUGCUACAGCUGAUGAACAUCAGACGCUGCGGCCACUCAGAGAACUUCUUCUUCAUCGAGGUAGGCCGUUCCGCAGUGACAGGGCCCGGGGAGUUCUGGAUGCAGGUGGAUGACUCUGUGGUGGCCCAGAACAUGCACGAGACCAUUCUGGAAGCCAUGCGCGCCAUGAGUGAUGAGUUUCGUCCGCGCAGCAAGAGCCAGUCCUCAUCCAACUGCUCCAAUCCCAUCAGUGUCCCCUUGCGCAGGCACCAUCUCAACAACCCGCCGCCUAGCCAGGUGGGGCUGACCCGCAGGUCCCGGACGGAAAGCAUCACCGCUACCUCCCCCGCCAGCAUCGUAGGUGGGAAGCCAGGUUCCUUCCGCGUGCGCGCCUCCAGCGAUGGCGAAGGUACCAUGUCGCGCCCGGCCUCGGUGGAUGGCAGCCCUGUGAGUCCCAGCACCAACAGGACCCACGCCCACCGGCAUCGGGGCAGCUCCAGGCUGCACCCUCCACUCAACCACAGCCGCUCCAUCCCAAUGCCUUCUUCUCGCUGCUCCCCUUCAGCCACCAGCCCCGUGAGCCUGUCGUCCAGCAGCACCAGUGGUCACGGCUCCACCUCGGACUGUCUCUUCCCCAGGCGGUCUAGUGCUUCUGUGUCGGGUUCCCCCAGCGAUGGCGGUUUCAUCUCUUCCGACGAGUACGGUUCCAGUCCCUGCGAUUUCCGGAGUUCCUACCGCAGUGUCACUCCAGAUUCCCUGGGCCACACCCCGCCAGCACGAGCCGAGGAAGAGCUGAGCAACUACAUCUGUAUGGGCGGCAAGGGGCCCUCCACCCUGACCGCUCCCAAUGGUCACUUCAUUUUGUCCCGGGGUGGCAACGGCCACCGCUACAUCCCGGGGUCUGGUUUGGGGACGAGCCCAGCCUUGGUGGGCGAUGAUGCUACCAGCGGGGCUGAUCUAGAUAAUCGGUUCCGGAAGAGAACACACUCAGCUGGCACAUCCCCUACCAUUUCCCACCAGAAGACCCCCUCGCAGUCUUCAGUGGCUUCCAUUGAGGAGUACACGGAGAUGACACCAGCCUACCCGCCAGGAGGUGGCGGUGGAGGCCGGCUACCAGGCUACCGGCACUCUGCCUUCGUGCCCACCCAUUCCUAUCCAGAGGAGGGUCUAGAGCUGCACCCCCUGGAGCGCCGAGGGGGCCACCACCGUGCUGACACGUCCACCCUCCACACGGAUGAUGGCUACAUGCCCAUGUCCCCAGGGGUGGCUCCAGUGCCUAACAACCGGAAGGGCAAUGGGGAUUAUAUGCCCAUGAGUCCGAAGAGUGUGUCUGCCCCGCAGCAGAUCAUCAACCCCAUCAGACGCCACCCUCAGAGAGUGGACCCCAAUGGCUACAUGAUGAUGUCCCCCAGUGGCAGCUGCUCCCCUGAUAUUGGCGGUGGGUCCAGUGGCGGCAGCAGCGUCAGUGUGGCCCUUUCUGGCAGCGGCUAUGGGAAGCUGUGGACAAAUGGAGUAGGUGGCCACCACGCCCACGCGCUGCCUCAUGCCAAGCCCCCAGCGGAGAGCAGCGGUGGCAAGCUCUUGCCCUGCACAGGUGACUACAUGAACAUGUCACCCGUGGGGGACUCCAACACCAGCAGUCCCUCUGACUGCUACUGUGGCCCCGAGGACCCCCAGCACAAGCCAGUUCUCUCCUACUACUCAUUGCCGAGGUCCUUUAAGCACACCCAGCGCCCCGGCGAGCCAGAGGAGGGUGCCCGACACCAGCACCUUCGCCUCUCCUCUAGCUCUGGUCGCCUCCUCUACCCUGCGGCUGCCGAAGAUUCGUCCUCUUCCACCAGCAGCGACAGCCUGGGCGGGGGUUACUGUGCGACUAGGCCGGAACCUGGCCUCCCACAUCCUCACCAUCAUGUCCUGCAGCCGCACGGGCCUCGGAAAGUAGACACGGCUGCACAGACCAACAGUCGCCUGGCUCGGCCCACAAGGCUGUCACUGGGGGAUCCCAAGGCCAGCACCUUGCCCCGGGCACGAGAGCAGCAACCACUCCAGCAGCAAGUCCUGGUGCAUCCUCCAGAGCCCAAGAGCCCAGGGGAGUAUGUGAAUAUUGACUUCGGGAGUGACCAGCGUGGCUACUUACCUGGACCCAUGGCUUCCCACGGCCCCCCUUCCGUACGGUGUCCACCCCAGCUCCAGCCAGCUCCCAGAGAGGAAGAGACUGGCACAGAGGAGUAUAUGAACAUGGACUUGGGGCCAGGCCGGAGGACAACCUGGAAGGAGAGCGGUGCAGUGGAGACGGGUAGAGUGGGCCCUGCACCCCCGGGGGCUGCUAGCGUUUGCAGACCAACCCGGGCAGUGCCUAGCGGCCGGGGUGACUACAUGACCAUGCAGAUGGGUUGUCCCCGUCAGAGUUACGUGGAGACCUCACCUGUGACCCCCAUCAGCUACGCUGACAUGCGGACAGGCGUUGCUACAGAAGAGGUGAGCUUGCCUGGAGCCACUGCAGCUGCCCCUCCUCCAUCCUCAGCGGCAUCUGCUCCCCCCACUGCACCUCAAGAAGCAGCAGAGAUACCUGGUGCCCACUCUUCUCUGCUGGGGGGCCCGCAGGCACCUGGGGGCAUGAGUGCCUUCACCAGGGUUAAUCUCAGUCCCAACCGCAACCAGAGUGCCAAAGUGAUCCGUGCCGAUCCACAAGGGUGCCGGAGGAGGCACAGUUCCGAGACCUUCUCCUCAACACCCACCGCCACCCGGGUGGGCAACACCGUGCCCUGUGGAGCAGGGGCUGCAGGAGCAGGCGGCGGCGGCAGCGAGGAUGUGAAACGCCACAGCUGCGCCUCCUUUGAGAAUGUGUGGCUAAGACCUGGGGAGCUAGCGGGGGGCCCCAAGGAGACAGCGUGCGGGGCCGCUGGAGGUGUGGAGAAUGGCCUUAACUACAUAGAUCUGGAUUUGGUCAAGGACUUCAAACAGCGCCCUCAGGAGCGACCCCCCCAGCCACAACCUCCACCACCCCCAGCUCCUCACCAGCCCCUGGGCAGUAGUGAGGGCAGCGCCCCCAGCCGCUCCAGUGAUGAUUUAAGCACCUAUGCCAGCAUCAGUUUCCAGAAGCAGCCAGAGGACCGCCAGUAGCUCAACUGGACAUCACAGCAGAAUGAAGACCUAAAUGACCUCAGCAAAUCCUCCUUUAACUCAUGGGUACCCAGACUCAAACUAUUUCAUGAUUCACAACCAGGACCUCACAUCUUCCUCCUCAGUAGAUGGUACGAUGCAUCCAUUUCAGUUUGUUUACUUUCUACAAUCCUCAGGAGUUCGUUGACUGAACUGCACGUUCUAUAUUGUGCCAAGCACAAAAAGCACUGUGACGCCAGGACAACGAGUCUGCAUAAACUUCAUCGUGAACCUUAAGGACUUCGCUGGCCGCAAUGAGCUGGUUGCGCCCACCACCACGCCACGAGAGAAUGGGUUACUCUCACUGCAUUUACAAAAUGUUUCAUCUGCUGCUGAAACUGUGUUCUACAAAGCACCAUUGUAAAUUAUUUCGUAUGGAACUGUUCACGUUGGGUGGAGAGAGUAUGAAAUAUUUAACAUAGGUUUUGAUUUAUAUGUGUACUUUUUUAAUGAAAAUGUAACUUUUCUUACAGCACAUCUUUUUUUGGAUGUGGAACUGAGGUAUACAGUGUUCUGUUGUAAAGAGUGGAGCAAACGCUUAAAACAAGGCUUAAAAGAGUAGAUUAGGGUAUGAUCCUUGUUUUAAGGUUGUUAUUCAGAAAAAAUAAUAUAAUCAGAAUCAUAGUGCCAUAGAUGAUUCUCAAUUGUAUAGUUAUAUUUGCUGAUACUAUCUCCUGUAAUAUAAACUCGAUGUUGCGCUGAGUUCCUUUUAAGAAUUAAUCUUAAUUUUGUUAUUUUUUUUUUCCUGUAAGACAAUAGACCACAUUAAUGAAAGUGAAGAAGGGUAUAUUCUACUGGGAUAUUUCAAGUGUCAGCUUAAAAUGGGUAAUUGAAUGGAAGCUGAACUGCAGGAAAAGGAAAUCACUAUCUUCCAUUGUAUAUACUGUAAAGAGGAGGAGAGCUGGGCGAUCCCUGCAACUCUAAGCUCUCUUUGGAAUGCAUAAUGUGGGUGUUUAUAAAUUCUGGAAAUGUCUUUCUGUUCAUAAUAAACUAGAUACUGUUGAUCCUUUCUUCUCCCCACCCCCAUUUCUGUUAGCUUCCUGCUCCAUCCCAACCUUUUUUUUCCUGUGCAUAAAUCAUAUAUCAUAUAUCAUUUCCUGCAUUAUUGUGAGAAAGAUGUUAAGAUAAGUGAGUUUUUGCUAACCAGAAAUUAAAAUUCCAGGUUUUCUUAUCUUUCUUUCUUUAUGUACUUUUGUUUUUUUCUUUCUUUCUUUUUUUCUAUUAUUAUUAUUAUUAUUAUUAUUAUUAUUAUUUUGAGUCAUGACCAGGGCUACAUGUCACUUUCCUUUAGACUCUUAUGUAUUCUGAGGACUUCCAGUGUUACAUUAUUUAGCUGAAUAUAAUCGGCCCCUUUUUCCCUGAUGGGUGCUGGCCUAGUAGUGAUUAGUGAAAACACAGUGCACAGAAAGCACGUGGAAGCAAGAUGACCUGCUACUGCGGCAUCCAGCCCGCAGAGAACAUGCUCAUCUCUUUCUUGUUAGGAAAAUUUGUACGUCCUGGACUGUUUUCCUUGUGAAGUAGAAAUGGCUGUAAAUGUGCCUGAAGACAUUGCGUGCAGAAUGUGAAGUUUGUUUUGCUGGGUGCAAUGAAUUGCUGCCGUGGUCAGGCUCCCUCUGAGCCAAAACGAACUCGGUAUGAGGCGUCGCCAGCCACGCUGUCGAGAGGAGCAGCAUUUUAUUUCUGGGAAGGGUUGAGCUCCCCGGGUGUGGCCACAAGGAAAAGGCCAGGCUUAGAGAGCACUGCAAUGGCUGCUGCCCUGGGCAUGGGUCAGGGCCCCUCGGUCUACUUAAGUGAGAGUGGAGAUAAAUAGACCCCUCACCUGCUGAGGCCGUGUUCCUGUUAACUCAAUCAGAAGGCAUGUACCUCACAGACCAGAGUGCAGCGUGCAUUGUUAAUGGAUCUUAAUCAUGGCAUGUUCAUCAAUUUCUAAGACAAAUACGUCUCAAGACAUAAGAACCCAUUGUUUUAAAGGGACUUGCUAAAUGUCAUCAUUUGCGUUAGUAAAAUACUCUGUCAAUUUUGAAAAUCUGAUAUGAAAGUUGUCUUUUUACAAAUGUGAAGAAAAAGACUUUCAAAGAUAAUUUUUCAUUUUUCCAACAUUCUGAUUCAUACUCUUGCUAGUGUAAGAAGAAAGCAAACGCUACCUUGCUCUCUUCCCUUGAGAAUAUAAAUAAUUACAGAGAAAUCAGCAUUGCUAACUAUUCUCCUAUAAAGCUGGUUAUAACCUCAUGAGUUUCUCUUGAAUAUGCUUUGCCAAGAUACUUCUGCAUGUAGGAUUAUUAUUUUGGGUGAGAACAGAUUGGCAGAUCUGUCUCUUGAUCUCUAUACCUCUGACUUUUUGUUGGGUCAAAUAGCACAAAGGUAGAAAUCCUAAUCUGGGGUUUCUUGAGUGGGAUUUGACUACAGUAUCAAUCUCUGCUGAGUUAAGACUGGAAGUUGCUGGUACUCAGGCUGAAACCGUGUGCUCUGGCUGGCUGCUCAAAGGCUUUACUUUGACCACAGCUGCUGCUAAAGUCCUUGUGUUCAGUUCCCAUUGGAGAGAGCUGGCUUUUAUCCAUUUAAAAGUAUUUGCCAGCCAGCCAAGGGCUUAUGCUAAUGGGGUUCUAGUGGCCUCUGGUUAACCUAGAAAUUGGUAGCUUUUUCCUUCAUGAGGCCAACCUUUCAUAGCAUUCUUUCUUGGAGACUUGAGCAGAGUUUUAAAAUUCUUCUUUGUCGAAGUAUAAGUAUGUUCCCCUGGCUUUGAUGGUUUCUUUGUUUUGGGCCAGAGCACAGCCUUAUAACCAGCCAAAGAUGAGGAGGAUACAUUAAUAAUCAACUACCUGGGUCAAUAAUGACAAAUCAGUAGUGAUGUUACAUGUGUGGCUGUUUCAUGCUAACUUCAAAGGUCAGGGACUCUUUUAACUAAUCUAGUGACUGCAAAUAUGGAUCUACUCAAAAUCUAGGUAGAAGUAGAGAUUUUAAAACUCUUUUCCAGGUUUGUGUCUUCAAAGGUCAGGGACUCUCUUUGCUAAUCUAGUGACUGCCAAAAAUGGUUCUACUCAAAAUCUACCUAGAAGUAGAGACUUUUUUUUAAAAAAAAAAACUGUUUUCCUAGGCUCAUGUUUCUUAGCCGUCUUCUAAAUGUGAGACAGAGUUGAUAAACAGUUUUAUUAUACUGUGAGAAGUGAAUUUUACAGUACUGAAGCCCCUUUUCAUUCAAUCUUCUAUCCUGGAUGCAAUAUACCAUGUAGCUGGAAACUCCUUGACAGCAGUUGGUUUAGAAAUAGAGGAAGGGGCUCCUCACAGUGACAGGUGAGAGUGAAGGGAAAUGGCACGGGUGGACGUGAAGGUCUCUGCCGUGGGUGACAGCGAUCCCGUGUUUGCCUCAUGCUGCUCUGGAAGAGCACUGUAGGCCAGACCAUCACACAAGUCUCUGAAACAAGACCCUGGGAAUUAAGACCUCCAUGGUGGAAAGAGGGACUUUUUGAAGGCAUGUGAAGGCGAUGAGGUGGAAACUCUAUAUGAGAGAUCGCAGCAAUGAGAUGAUGGGGUUCGUGUUACCAAGACAGCAUGAAUGUUAAUAGGAGUUAAUGCUGUACUCCUAGGGGCUGUGAGAAACUUGAAGGAAGAACUGUGUUCUUCUGGAAAAAUGAGGAAAUACAGCCUUGUUCAUACUGAGAGAGCGGCCUCCAUCCUGAUAUAUGGGCUUAGUCUUGGAAAGCAACACAGCCUUCCUGUAGUUAGGACGAUACCAAAGGUUAGACACUGGGCUUUUGGUCAGCUCUGAGCCAAGCCCGAGAUCAAGUAGAUCAUUUGAUCGCUGUGUAAAUCAAUUUACUAAGUAGUUUUAGAACGUGUGGCUCAGCUGGUGUGUGGGAUGACCAUUGCCCACUGUUGGCAACUGCAGCACCGAACUUGAUGCGGGGAGGUAGUUGAGUGAUACUGGAAGUGUUUGGCCCUACUCCUGAGAAUUAAUCCUUAGCAAAGAGCUUGUAAUGAACAAAUGUGAUUAGAAAAAAUAUAUAUAAGACUUGGAUAAGGAGCUGUCUUUCUUCCCCAGGUUGUCAGUGACUCAGUAUUUGUGAUAUCAUCAACAAGAGAUUUUGCCAUUAGCCAGCUAUUUAAAAGUCUCUCUCCCAUGUCCCUUGUUAACUGGUGUGCCAUGUAAUGGCUCGCAUUUGAUACCCAGGAAAGUGUAUUUGCAUACACGUCAUUAGCAUUGGCUGUUUCUCCCCACGACCCCUGCCCGUUGUAGAACUUUGCCAUCGAAGAAUGUAGUUUCCAGAACAAUUUCUCUUGCGGUACUUUGCGUACGUCUCUUGGCUACAGGGUGGGCCAAAUGGAUGCCAUCUGUCUUUCCGUCGGCCAUGCGUGCCGUUUGGUUUAUCAUCCUACGAUGGCGGUGCUGUUCGUGGUGCUACUUCGUCUGUGUCCAGAAGACCAGUGCGUGGUCUGGAUUGCUGCCAAAACAUCUACUGUAUAUAUGUGGACAACAUAGGUAUCAUGUAUAUAUGUAACGGGCGCCAGGCCAGGUUUAUAUUUCUCAUUUAGAAGUGUUUCACUUUUCCAAAUUUCCUUUGUAGUGUUAUGCUUGUUUUAAACUUCCCGCCACCCCCACCCCUUGAUUCUGUCUGGUACUUAGAACUGUAGUGUCAUUCAUCAUUAAUUAAAGAAAACUGUCAAAAUGA